AGAAAAAAAAAGAAAAAAGGGUCGGAACGCUUUCCUUCUUUUCGUCUCUCUCUCUCUCUCUAGCUCUCAAUUUCUCUCUCCUCUGUUUGUUCGUCUUCAUCUCACUCUUGUGACAUCAGUUCUCACCGUUGAUUUUCGGAACCCUAAUUUUGAUGCUCGGACAAGCUCUUAUUCAGUCAAUUGGAUUUCUUGCUGAAUGCAGUUAGGGAUUUCUUGUUCUAUUUCUGUUUGAGGAGUUAUUGUUGCGGCUGCUUAUACUUUGUUGUUCGGUCGAGACUCACUGAAGGUUAGGGUUUUUGUUUGAAGCAGUAGAUGACUGCGAGACAAGGGAAUAGCUGAGAUCAAACGGGUUGGUUUUCAUCACCGGAUGGAGGGAGGUAGCGUCUCUACACUUACUUCUUCUGCAGAGAUAAACCCAUGGAUUAUGACGACAAUGACUUUCAAAGCCAGAAUCUUCAUUUAGCUGGUGAAGGAAGUGCCAAAUUUCCUCCUGUUCUUCGGCAAUAUGCUCUCCCAAAGUUUGAUUUUGAUGAUACCCUUCAAGGGCAUGUAAGAUUUGAUAGCUUGGUUGAACCUGAGGUCUUCUUAGGUAUUGAGAACAACGAAGAUAAUCAGUGGAUUGAAGAUUAUUCUCGUGGAAGUAGUGGAAUAGGGUUUAGUUCUUGUGCAGCAGAAUCUUGUUCUAUAUUGAGACGGAAAAAUGUUUGGUCUGAGGCCACUUCCUCUGAAUCUGUUGAAAUGUUAUUGAAAUCCGUUGGGCAGGAAGAUAUCAAUCUGGCACCAACAGUUACCGGGGAGUUAAAUGCUCGUGAAAAAUUGGAGUACUUAACAAAUCCAAUGGACCCUACUUUAAAAGAUGACGGUAGUAGUUUCUGUGAAAUGGGCGAUUUACCAGAUAUAAGUCUUGAGGAAUUUCAUGUUGUUAAUGAGGACAUAGGAGGGGAGCAACAACAGCUUCAAAGGAUUGAUCCUACUGAGUUUCAAGAGACUCAGACUGUUGAUAGAAGUUUAAGCAAGGUUGAUCCUGGUGUCGCUCAUGAACUUGUAGACGUGCCAGCAAGUGAGGGAAGUCCUGGUAUUGAUGAAAACAGUAAGCAAACAUGUCCAAGUACAACCGAUACUUCAGCUGCCAUAUCCUUGGAAGAUAAAGGGCAAGAUGGUUUUUCUGAUUCAGGAAAGCAUAUAAAUGAUUUGGUUACUUGCACGCAUGAAGGCAGUGAAAAGUUGAGCAACCAGAAGACUGAACAGAAAAUAAAAGAUCUAUGUGAGAAUCCAGUUAAUACAUAUAUUGAGAAUACUGACCAAGUGGUCAAUUCACUCGAGUUGAGUAAAGAUGACCAAAGCCCUCUUUUAUCACCCUCAGUUGCUACAGAAAGUUUGGUGAUCGAUUCUAGUAUUGCUAAUUUGCAGUCCCAUGCAAGUAUGACCUUGAAGGGGGAUUGUGUAUUCCAUUCAGGUUGUGGUGAGGUUACGUCGGAAGUUCCUGCUGAAAGUGGCAAGUUUGAUGAUAAGGUUUUGUGUACAAAUGUGGAGAUUGGGAAUCCGUCUGAAGCAAACAUGCAUGAGGUAUUACCUACGGUUGUUAAAGGUGAGGUUAGAUCUGAAGCGUGUGCAGGUGAGGGGAGAAACGUUAAUGCUGAAGUUUGUACCUUUCAAGGGCCUAAGAGUGAUUCAGUUGAGCAGAUGGCUUGUGCACAGGAAAUAAUUAUUGAAGAUCAGCAGCAUUUUCCCUCGGGCAUUGAGAUACAAACUAGUAAGUCUGAGUAUUCUGCAUCUGCUAUGGAGGAAAAUGAUGCCUCCAAGGUUGGUGAAAGCAUCAGUGGUCAUAUCAGAGAUAUUCCUGAUAAAUUGGGUACACUUCCCUCGGAAGACUUGUAUUCUGAAGGCCAUUUGCCACCUACCACUGUGGCUGAAUCAACACAAUUAUGUGAAGAUAAAAAAUUGUGUCAGCCUGGUAAUGUCCUUGCUGAGCACGCCAGUGAAAAGGAAGGAGGGAUGUUGUCGUCUGAUUCACCCACCACGGUGGCUGAAUCAACACAAUUAUGUGAAGAUAAUGAAUUGUGUCAGCCUGGUAAUGUCCGUGCUGAGCACGCCAGUGGAAAGGAAGGAGGGAUGUUGUCGUCUGAUUCUCUUAGUGUGGAUGACAAGAUUGCUGAGUCUCCUAUCGCAGAUAAGAGAAUCAUAUCCUUGUCUUUUCAAGAGAGUGGUGUAGAAAGUGGGACGAUAAAUACAAAAUUAGAGUACAGUGCUAAUGCCGGUGAUGAAUCAGCAUCGGUUUCUGCCUUUGACGACGUUACUGAGGCAGUAUGUGGCACAUCAGUGUCUACCUUUGAGGAUGUCAAUGUGAAAACAUGUGGCACAUUACAGGGUGACUCCUUACCUCCAGUUGAUGCUUUGACAGACAGAAAAGACGCGGAUGACAAAGAGGACCAGUUGCAGCCUGCUCUGGUGGAGUUUACCCAAUCCGAUAGCAAAGAAGAAAGUGGUGUGAUGAUUCCUGCUGAAGGAAGACCUCCUCUGUUGGAUACUUCUCAACCUGUGGCGCUAUUUCAUCCUAUUUCUCAAGCUGAAAAAUCCGCUCAUGUCAUUACUGGCCAGGGAUUAGGUGAAAGUAUUGAUCAAUCUAUUUCAAAGGAUUUGAACACUGAGGGCUGCAACACAGAAAGCCAAUCUACACCUCAAGCAGACGUUCCUACUAAUGUUAUCCAGGACUGCAGACAGGAAAUGGACGUUGAUCCAGCUUUUUCGAAGUCAACUGCAAAAGCAUGUGAUAACGGUGUUAAACAGUCAGAUGUAAAAGCUUUUCCGCUUGAUGCGUUGUCUUUAACUCCACUGCCAGGAGAAACACUCGAUAAUUAUCAGAAAGAUCAGGAAAGUACUAAAGUUGUUUCAGAAUCUGUGGGAAAUAAUUGUCAGCAGGCUAUUGCAGUGAGCACUGACAGUGAUGCUGGCAAAAAGGAAGGUGCAUUAUGCUCUGCAGCUUUUCCAGAAUCUCAUGAACCGACGUCUGUGAUGGGUAAUGGUAAUUCUACUGCUGAUAAGCCUCCUCCUAAUGUACCCGAUGUUGUCAAAACUACUGUGGUUGCUCUUGAUCCAGAUGAAAAAGAUUGCAAUAAGGGGCCAUUGAGUAAGAAUGUUGAAGCUGCAGAGCCCAAGGGUAGGCUGGUUGGCAAUGCAUCGUCUGGUUCCCAGUUACCCAAAGGAAAUGGUGCCUCUGAAAGUGAGACAGUUCUUACCUUUGAGUCCAGUUCAUUGGUAGAUCUGCCAAAAAAUGAUUCUGGCAUUGCAGUUGCAUCAGCAGCUAAUGCUUCUUCGGUCGUGGAGGGACCCCAAUCAUCUUCUGGCCGAUCCAAAUUGGAUGCCAAGAGUGCUCAGGGUAUUUCACACAGUAGCCCUCAGGUGUCUGAGGUAAAAGUUUCACGUGCUCGUUCCAAGGGCACUCCUGAGCGUAAACCUAGGCGUGCUUCGGUCGUAGGAUUGGGGAAAGCGUCGUCUACAAAGGGAAAUUUGAAGAAAUCGGAGAAAGUAGAGAAGUCUAACAGUACACCCAUAAGCAAUCCUGGAGUUUUCCAGCUUGCACUGUCCAAUGAGAUGCAACAUCAUGGACAUGUGGAGUCCGGUGGUGCAAAACCAUUUGUCUUUAUUGGUGCUUCGACUUCUAGCAUUCCAGACUUGAACAAUUCUGCCUCCCCAUCUACAAUGUUUCAACAGCCUUUCACAGACUUGCAGCAAGUUCAAUUGCGUGCUCAGAUUUUUGUUUAUGGAGCUUUGAUUCAAGGUACAGCACCAGAUGAGGCGUACAUGUUGUCUGCAUUUGGAGGAACUGAUGGUGGAACAAACCUUUGGGAGAAUGCCUGGCGCAUGUGUGUAGACAGGUUUCAUGGAAAAAAAUCUCAGCCAGAGACACCAUCGCAAUCACAAUCUGGUAGUAGGAGUACUGAGCAAGCAAAUAAACAAAGUACACUACAAAGUAAAACUAUAUCUGCUUCAGUUAGUCGAGUUAGCAGUAAGAGUACAUCAACAGUGAUAAAUCCUAUGAUCCCUCUUUCCUCACCACUCUGGAGUAUUUCCACACCUUCCAAUGCUCUGCAAUCUAGUAUUAUGCCUCGAAGUCCAGUCAUAGACUAUCCACAAGCACUUACUCCGUUGCAUCCAUAUCAGACUCCUCCUGUCAGGAAUUUUAUUGGUCAUAAUCUUUCAUGGUUUUCUCAGGCUCCAUUCCACAGUACCUGGGUUGCUACUCAGACUUCGACACCUGACUCCAGUGCACGAUUUUCUGGUUUGCCAAUUACUGAGCCAGUUCAUUUAACACCAUUGAAGGAAUCAUCUGUGCCACAAUCCUCUGCCGUGAAGCCCUCUGGUUCUAUGGUUCACGGUGGAACUCCUGGUAAUGUAUUUCCUGGGGCUGCCCCCCUGCUUGAGUUAAAAAAGGCAUCAGCAACCACGGGGCAAAAUUCCACUGAAUCAAAAAUGAGAAGAAGAAAGAAGACUACAGUUUCUGAGGAUCCUGGCCUUAUAACUAUGCAGGUUCAACCUCAUUUAAAACCAGUUUCAGCUGUAGUUACACCUGCAAUUUCUACUCUUGCAACAUCUCCAUCUGUACACCCUAAGGCAGUUUCUGAGAGUCUGAUUUUAUCUGCUCCUCCACUGUGUCCGAUUACUCACCCAAUGACUGCAGAUCAAGAUUUGACAGGGAGAGCUAUGUUUUCAGAGGAAACACUUGGCAAGGUUAGGGAGGCUAAGCAACUGGCUGAGGAUGCUGCACUGUUUGCAUCUGAAGCUGUUAAACACAGUGCAGAAAUGUGGAGUCAAUUGAACAGGCAGAAGAAUUCAGAAUUAGUAUCAGACGUAGAAGCUAAACUAGCUUCGGCAGCUGUUGCUAUAGCAGCAGCUGCUACUGUUGCAAGGGCUGCGGCGGCCGCCGCCAGUGUGGCAUCAAAUGCUGCAUUUCAAGCAAAGUUGAUUGCUGAUGAGGCAUUGACUUCAUCUAGCCAUGAGGUCUCCUGUCCAAGCAAUGAAAUUUCUGUUCAUACUAGUGCUGUUGGUGUAGGGAAGGCCACUCCAGCCUCCAUCUUGAGGGGCGAAGAUGGAGGAAAUGGUUCCAGUUCUGUUAUUGUUGCCGCAAGGGAGGCAGCUAGAAAGAGGGUUGAAGCUGCAUCUGCAGCUUCUAAGCAUGCUGAAAAUGUAGAUGCCAUUGUCAAAGCUGCCGAACUGGCAGCAGCAGCUGUGUCACAAGCUGGAAAGUUAGUUGCUAUGGGCGAUCCUCCUCCCUUGAGUAAGUUAGUGGAAGCUGGUCCAGAGGGUUACUGGAAAAGUCCUCAAGUAUCUUCUGAGGUGGUUAUGAGAUCAGACGAUGUUAAUGGAGGACGUUCCAAUUCAGCUAUUAAGCGUCAUAGAGAUGGAUCGUCAGGUAAGAAUGAAAUUCAGGUAAGUGCCAAUACCAAGUCAUCUAUUCCUGGAGAAAUUUCUAUGGGCGCUGUUGAGAACCAUCCCAGAUUGGUUGACGGCAUGACAAGUUGUGUAGCACCUCGUGAGAAGUCUCUGGGAGGACAGAAGGACCAAAUUGCUUCUGAUCUGACAAAAACCAUUGGUGUUGUUCCAGAAUCUGAAGUAGGAGAAAGAUCCUCCCAGGAUGAGUGUGAAAAGGCCAAGGAUUCAAGACAAAGUAGCAUCAGGGAAGGUUCCCAUGUUGAGGUUUUUAAGGAUGGGAAUGGAUUAAAAGCAUCUUGGUUCACAGCCGUUGUGCUGAGUUUGAAGGAAGGGCAAGCUUACGUGUCCUACACUGAACUUCAAUCUGAAGAAGGCCCAGGUGAACUAAAGGAGUGGGUUGCACUUGAUGGUCAAGGGGGUAUGGCGCCGAGAAUACGAAUUUCUCGUCCACUGACUACCUUGCAGAAUGAAGGAACAAGGAAGAGACGCCGUGCAGCUACUGGGGACUAUGUCUGGUCGGUUGGAGACAAAGUUGAUGCUUGGAUGCAGAAUAGCUGGCAUGAAGGAGUGGUCGUUGAGAAGGACACAAAAGAUGAAGCAACAUAUAUUGUCCGCUUUCCAGAUCGAGGUGAAACGUCCACUAUCAAAGCUUGGAAUCUCCGACCAUCUCUCAUAUGGAAAGAUGGGGAAUGGUUUGAGUUGUCUGGCUCAUAUGUAAAUGAUUAUUCUCAUGAGAUUGUUGUGCCUCAGGAAAAACGUAUGAAGUUGGGCAGUCCAGCUGUAGAGGUUAAAAGGAAGGAUAAAAUGCCAACGAUUGUGGAGGAUGUCGAAUCGGCGAAACCAGCGGACCAGAGUUCGCUUUUUUUAUCAGCAAAUGAGAAAGUAUUCAAUAUUGGUAGGAAUACUCAAACUGAGAACAGGUCUAAUCCAUUAAAAACCAGUUGGACUGGUCUACAGAAGGGCACAUCGAGAGUGGUUAUUGGUGUUCCCAAACCUGGAAAAAAGAGAAAAUUUAUGGAAGUGAGCAAACAUUAUGAUGCAGCCACUCGAACUACUAAAGCAAAUGAUUCGACUAAGUUGGCUAAGUAUUUGAUGCCGCAAGGAUCUACAUCCAAAGGAUUAAAAAGAACUUCAAAAUAUGAAACGAAGGAAAAAUCUGCAAACGCUGUUAAACCCAUGGCUGUGAAGUCCGGAAAGGAACCAAGUAUGUCAGAUCAUGCAGUUAUUACCAAGGAUUCUGAAAGCCAGAAUGAGAGCGCUUCGACGAAGAACAACCAAAUAGACGUUCCUUCUUUCUGCAGCACUGAAGAAGCACCAGAGGGCUCGGUUGUAUUUCCUCCAGCACACGCUUCCAAGAAAACAUCCUCAUUUCACACGAAGCUGGAACGAGCAAAUAAAGGAAAACUUGCUCCUGCAGUUGGGAAAUUGGCAAAAAUCGAGGAAAAAGAGGUUUUCAAUGGGAAUCCUACCAAACCGAAUUCUAAUGUUACUGAGCCACGGAGAUCCAACCGCCGUAUUCAGCCUACCUCAAGAUUAUUAGAGGGACUACAAAGCUCAUUGACAAUCUCGAAGAUUCCUUCUAUUUCACACGAUAAAGGUCAACGAAGCCAGAACAGGAAUGCAUCUAGAGGUAGGAACUGAUGUGUGCCUAAUUCACUUCGGAAUUUCGCCUCAAAUUUACGUUACAUCAUG